GAGGUGUAGGCGGAGUGUGUUCGGCAGAGACAGUCUGGAGGACCUGAGUCCCGGCGGCAGUUUGGAGGAGCCCAAGCGGGGAAUACUGAGUCCAAAACGGGAGAACUCACAAGGUUUCCGCAAUGAGUUGGGGAACGGAGCUUUGGGACCAGUUUGAUAAUCUGGACAAACACACUCAGUGGGGGAUUGACUUUCUUGAGCGAUACGCUAAGUUUGUCAAGGAGAGGCUGGACAUAGAGCAGAACUAUGCCAAGCAGCUACGGAACUUGGUGAAAAAAUACUGUCCAAAACGCCCUAAAGAUGAGGAGCCGAGGUUCACAUCGUGUCUGUCAUUCUAUUCCAUACUGAAUGAGCUGAAUGACUACGCCGGUCAGAGGGAAGUGGUGGCGGAGGAAAUGUCUCAAAAGGUUUAUGGUGAGCUGAUGAGGUACGGCCAAGACCUCAAAGCUGAGAGGAAACACCAUCUACAGGAGGGCAGGAAAGCUCAGCAGUAUUUGGAUCAUUGCUGGAAACAGAUGGACAAUAGUAAAAAGAAGUUUGAAAGAGAGUGUAAGGAAGCGGAAAAAUCCCAGCUGACCUAUGAACGGUUAGAUAACGACAUCAACGCCACCAAAUCAGAAGUGGAGAAGGCGAAAGCCCAGUUCUACAUGCGCAAUCACAUGGCGGACGACAGUAAGAACGAGUACGCCGCUCAGCUACAGAACUUCAACGCAGAGCAGUGGAAACAUUUCAAUAACGCCAUACCGCACAUCUUCAAGAAUCUGCAAGACAUGGAUCAACGUCGGACGGUGAAACUCGGAGAGACAUAUCGAAGCUUUGCUGAGGCAGAGCGAAGAGUCAUACCUAUCAUCUCUAAAUGUCUAGAGGGAAUGGUCUCUGCGGCUAAGGCUGUAGAUGAGCGAAAGGAUUCAGCCAUAGUCGUGGAGUCGUUUAAGUCUGGUUUUGAACCUCCAGGUGACUUCCCGUUUGAAGACUUCAGCCAGAAUUUAAGCAGAACGGGUUCAGACGGGACCAUCAGCAAUACACCUAAAGUUGACAGAGAUAAAGAUGGAGGCCCGGUGUCUCGUUCCGACCCGAAACACCCAAUGAGCAGAACCAAGAACAAGCUCUGGCUCUUUGGAAAGAAACCAAAGUCCCCCUCCUUCUCACCUCCCCUCCCACCUUCAUCCUCCUCCUCCUCUCGUCAGCGGUCCACCUCCCACCUCUUUCCUACGUCACGGUUCAGCUCCGACCUUGUGAGCCACUAUCUGUCUGAGAUAAAGACCACAGUACCCAGAAUCCCCCAGAAUUUGAGGGGCCUGAGAAGAGGGGCAUCGUCCGUGGAGGAUUUUAGCCACUUACCUCCUGAGCAGAGGAGGAAGAGGCUGCAGCAGAGGAUCGAUGAACUCAACAAGGAGCUCCAAAAAGAGAUGGAUCAGAGAGAUGCCCUGAACAAGAUGAAGGAUGUGUAUGAAAAGAAUCCUCAGAUGGGUGACCCCAACAGCCUGCAGCCAAAAAUAUCAGAGACCAUUUGUAACAUGGAGAAGCUGCGCUCAGAAAUCCACAAAAAUGAGACUUGGUUGUCUGAGGUGGAGGGGAAGCAGAGCUCCAGAGGAGACAGAAGACACAGUGCAGACAACCACCAUCACACUCCUCAAGGCAGAGAGAGUCCCGAGGGCAGUUACACAGACGACACCAGUCAGGAGCACCACACACCUCACCACCGCCCCAGUCCCGCACAGCCCAGAAAUCUCAACCCUGACCCUCAUGAGUUUGACGAUGAAUUUGACGACGACGACCCGCUGCCUGUCAUUGGACACUGCAAAGCGCUGUACUCUUUUGAUGGUAAGAAUGAAGGGACGCUGGUGAUGGCCGAGGGCGAGGUGCUGUAUAUCAUCGAGGAGGAUAAGGGUGAUGGCUGGACACGGGCGAGGAAGCAGAGCGGGCAGGAGGGUUACGUUCCCACCUCCUACGUAGAAAUAACUCUGGAGAAAAACAGCAAAGGUGCCGUCACCUACAUUUGAAGCCGCACUGUCCUCUGUCUGUCAUUUCCUCCCAUGUCUGCCUUCCUGUCCACGUAACACUACAAAAGGAAAAAAAAAAGACAGAACCCCAACAUCUGCAUGGACAUCUGUCAUCCAUUCUUCUGUUCUGGUUUCCGUCCGUCUCUUUGCUCCUCUGUCUGUUUAUUCCUCUAACAUUGUGCCCACUCAUCCCCUCAUAUCUGUGGGGCUGAUGUUUCAGAGGUGAGUGCCUGAGAUCAGCUGGAGAAAACUUGUAUGUGUGUGUUUUGAAUAUGGGGCAUUUCCACGGUUGUUUGAGCCUUCUUAUCAAUCAAAGCAUUUAAAAUAGUUUUAUGUAAUAUAUUAGAAAUAUUUUAUUUUAUUUUUGUUCUGUCUUUUAAUUGUUGUAAUGUCUCUUUUUCUAACUGGAGAAGAUCAAACUCCCUGAUUUUAAACUAUUUUUGGUUGAUGUGUUGACAUAAUUUGAAGUGAAAUAUGUUCCGGUUUUAUCUUUGUUUCUGUCUGCGUGUGUGUGUGUGUAUGUUUAUACAUGCACUUGUUUUUCUUUUUUUUUUCUUUCUUUUUAUUUGUGCCAUUACACCAGUUUUGUCUGGAUCUAGCUGCAGUACUACUUUGUAUUACCACUAAAGGGAAAAACCUCCACAUUGCAGUCUUUAUUACAGCACCCUCCUGAAAGACAGAGAAAACAUUUACACAUUGGACUUUGUUACAGGAGAAGGGUUCGUCUAGUUAUUUAAUAUCGUCAUUCAAGAUUAGUGCUAAGCAUUCCAGGGACAAGGCUGGUUUUAUUUAAUCUGUUCUUUUUUGCUACUAUUCCCACAAAAACAUACGGGUUCCAUCUGACAGUGUAAAUCUAUAAAAUUCAUUUUUGGCCGCUUUAGUGGUGCGGUUUAUUUUUUGAUUGGUUAAAGUCGACUGGGGCUGAUAACGUUUUUGUGUUUUAGUCCCCAAGGUGGCUUAAAUUCCCUAAAAGGGUCACCUACAUUUCCCACAAAAUCAUCUUUAAACUCCACUCAUUUAAUCCGUAACCCAGCCUCCAAAAACCAAGUGUCCUAUUAGAAAUAUCAGUGAUACUGUUCAGGUACCUUAUAAAGUUGGCAUUUUGAAGUUUUUAGCAAAUGUUUCCCAAAAAGGAGACGAGCUUCAGAAAUGUACCAUGUCUGAGUUUUAUGUAGGAUUAAUAGCAAACUUAAGUGUACUGCAGUUGCCAUGCAGCUUGUUGAUGUGUUUUUGACAUGAAGAAAUAAAAGGUUUUUAUAUGCAAAUAAACAGUCAGUAGGUAGUUCUUUAGUCCGGAUGAAAAUCAACCACUCUUAAACUUUAAGUAUUAAACCGAGAGUUGAAACCCAGAUGUGUCAACAACACAGUUUUGAAGUCCGAUUUAGACUAUUUAAGUUGAGUGAAAAGCCUGUAAGACGUUCUGCAGGAUUAGUCUCAUAUUCCUGUUAUUGCUCACAUGUUGAAUCAGUUUAUGUAAAAACUGAACUGACUGUUAGUUUCUGUAGCAGGAUAUUCUUGCUGUACCGGCACAAGCCAAAUCUCAUAUCACUGUGUUCAGCAUCAAGCACUGGAAAGCAGUGGGAUGCAAAACUCACUGCAAUGUAUUUCCUGCUCUUGUUGUGUCACUGUUCUUUAGUCUGCUGAGCUGAUGCUGCAGUAAUUCUGUGAUUGAUGUAAGAAAUUAUUAAAAUGUUUUGAAUUAGGCACAGUGUUUUAAUUUAGAAGGACAGAUUAAUUUACAUGGUCCUGCCCCUCAUCUUUCAGCUUCUUUUUUCUUCCCACUCAGCGAAUCAGAUGAACAGAAAAUGAUUUUAGGAAGAAACCUCCUGUUGAAGUAACUUGCUUUCUUUUCUAUGUGACUGCAGGUUCCUGAGGGCUGCAGAGUGGCCGGGCGAUUUGAUUGGCUGGUGGAGGGCUCAUGCUGAUUAUUGGUGUCUGGGCUGAUUAAGGCACAGAGAAAGAGAGAAGAGGGGGAGAGAGGUAGAGAGAUGAAGCAGGGCUGGGAGGGAGGUCUGCAUGUCUGCAUGCUCACAUAUCCAUAAUCAGCAACAUAUUUUCACAGAAGAAGCUAGAAAAAAAUUAUCCCAAAGCCAUGAACAGGCAAUAAUAUAUUUAACUGUCCUAAGUGUGACCCAGGUUUGGACAAAAGAAAUAGAGGCCUUCUAGACCGGGAUGUGACAACUGCAGCAGCUUCAACAACAUAGUUAAUCAGGUUCAGGACAAUCACCGCCCCCCUUCAUCAUGGUCAUAGUGCUCAGAUUGAGUUGAAGCUGUUAUUGACAGGCAUCAUGAGAAGGUUGUUUGUGGUGACUGAAACUAACUCAGAGAUACCACAUAAAGUUAAACAGAACCACAAAUAAAUCCUAAAUGAUCAUAAAAAACUUGAAGAAAAACUACAGCUGGAUUUCCUGCGGGUCUGUUCUGUUUAGGCCGUAAAGCUGGUCUGAGCUCUGUUCAGACCCUAAAUGCACAGAUUUAACUGAGAGAAGUGAUGUUGCAGUAAACAUGGUUAGGACUGUUUUUUUCUGUGUACAACUCCCUCCGGUUUUAGUUGAUAAAAGUUUCUCCAUAAAUGUCUAAAACAUUUUAAGCUUCCUUGUGUCUCUGUUGUUUGCUGUCGUUGCUCUCUUCUUUAUUCAUUUGAAGUGUGCAUAAGGAGCUAGCGCUGAGUCAUCAAACAGGAACAUCUUCUCAGAGAAUUUAAACAUUAGAAAAGAACCAGUGUUCAGUCUCAUUUCAUCUGAAUGGAGCUGGCACCACAUACUGUUCGUUAAAGCUAACAGCUAAAGACUGCAGAAUGACUAUGUGGGUUCUUUUCAGUUUUGAGCCAAACAAAAUGAAGAGUUCAAUAACGCCUAGAAGAGAAUAUGAUGAGUCUUAAAUCUAAAUCUUGUGUAUCCUUCAGUUUUUGCUGAGAUGAAAGAGGAAUCCACUGGAAAUGUUUUACUGAAACACAACAAGCUGCACGUUGUCUCCUCCUUGUCUUUAAGGACUUGUGGAUUGGCUGCAGAUCCCUCACAGGCUUGUUUAGGGACCAAAACCAAACCUUUUGUAAAUUUACUGGUGUAUUUAAAGGCUGCAGCAGUAGAUGCUCUCCUCUGAUAAGGUGUGAUCUUUAACCCUGUCUGUCUAGUGCCCUAACUGUUUAACAAUUGAAGCUGGUUGAAGUGGGGAUCUUUUGAAGCUUAAUAUUAUAAUUCUCUCAGUAAAUCCUUCCACAUAGUUUUUCUUUUGAAGUUACCAUCAGGGUUUGCUGCCACUAACACCAUCAGUGCUGCUCUGCUCCGACUCACUCCCAUUAUCAUCUGUGCUCUGUUAGUGAUGUCUGCCUGUCUGAGCCACUCUGCUCCUCAUGCCUGCCUUCACUCAUCUAGUCGCAUGUUUUCACAUCUCCCAGAUGUGACCAGGUGUUUUCAUUUGUGUAAGUGUGUGUGUAACUCCAGUUGUGGUUGAAUGCCGAAUGCCAUGUUCUAAUGAAGCAUGAUUUAUUUAUGUUUGCCUAACGUCCGUCCGUGCUCGUCGGGCAGAUAGGACUCUCAGGUGAAUACAGGACCUCUCUUCCGCCUCUUCCUCUCUCUUUCCGUUUCAUCCCCCAGUCGACCAGCAGAUGGCAGCCUUCCUCCACAAACACCGCCGCUCGGGUCCAUCUGGACUGGGCCCCUGUUAGAAAAGUCCAGCUACAAGGAGGAGCUCUGGACUCUGCCUUAAAUCUUCACGUUGUUUUCUCAGUGAAGGGAUUUUUGCUCACCACCCUCUUCUGCCUGACUACAUCUCCCAUCAGCCAGCUGGGUCCCUCAACUUCUCGGGGGACUCUCAGCUGUUUCUCCACAGAAAGUUUAUCUAUGUAAUCUGUUUUAUUUGUGAAUGUGAUGACACACACACACACAGACACACACACAAGUGGCAGCAGCGUGUGGAGAGCCAAACAGCUCAAAAAUAAAACCCUUAUACCAGUUUGACAUGUUUGGCUUUAACAUGUGAAUGCGUGCUCAUAUGUGUGUGUGUGUUACAUGCGUGAUGUUAGUUUUUAACCAUUGAAUGAUUUGUACAUAAUAUCUGUUUAGUCAUGCUGAAUGUGUUUCUAUGGUGAUUGUUUUUAGGUUUGUUUAGUUGACCCUGUUCUUGGGAGACAACAAGGUUUGAAUCGAACCGAUGCACUUUGCCCUGACGUACUACAGCGUUUGAACCCGAUUAAAUGACAGAAUGAGAGACGAUCUGUGGUGCCUGCUUAGACACGUGUGAACUUUAUGAAUGACCACUAAAUGAAAACAAGUCGGAUUUCUCUUCCUGAUGAUUUUCUACUUUUUGUAACUCUUGAUUAACUUUCGUAUCUUUUGCAUGAUUUUCUAGAUUCUUUUAAUUCAUUCAUCUCUGCUGAUUUUAAACUCCUCACUACGUCUGUUUGAUCUUUUAACAUACAAAACUACACAUUCACAACAUUAAGAAUUCCAUAUCAAACAAAUCGAACCAGCAAGCGGCCACACUUUGCUUUGUUUCUUCAGUGAAGCUGUGAAAUGUGUAAAAUGAUGCUGUAGAUGUUACUUGAACUAUUUUCCCCUUCAUGUCACAGCUUCCUUGUGUGAACGUUUUGCAGGCAUAUAAAAGGAAAAGUUUUUUUUUUUUCCACAUUCUUGGACUUAAUGUUGUCACAGUUUUUCUUGAAAAUUCUGUAUGUUUCUCAAUUUGUUAAAAA